GUCUGGGCCUGACAACCCUGGACAAGACGUAGAUAACCACACUGAGAUCCUCGAAUGGCCCCAAGACUCGUACCUUUCAAAGUAUUAUUCACAGGGUGGCGUUUGGACCUUACCCUCCCAAGAUCUUCUCGAAUCGCAAUGCGUAGAAGUCGUUGAACUGGUUGCGCACGUCGCGGCACCCUGAAGACGAAGAAAACCCUCCGCCGGUACUUGGCCUACCCCUGCCAACGCCAAUGUGGGGAUGACGACGCUUGCUUGCUAGCUCUUUUCUGCCGACUCAACCACAACGUGCUAGUCCACCUAAAUACUUCUUUUCGGACAGCGCUCCCUCCCGCUUCGGGUUCACGCGAAUCUUGGUUUUUGAGACAUUGCACAGUCACCCAAUGUCCCGAGGACAGGACAGGACAAGGGAAUAAUUAUCCUGAUUUCGGACUAGCUGACAUGGUCCCUUUCAGCGGGCUUCGGUUCGAGCAGAGCAAAGCCCAAUCAUGUCGUCCAAUUCAAUAAGUCGUCUCCUCCACGCGAAUACCGUCCCGGAAGCCCACCAACCACUUACCGGCCCCAAUGUCAGCUAUACCAGUUCGGCCCAUGCAACCAAUUUUAAUUCCUUCACGUCGGCGCCGGCUCCGUCUCUGCUUCCCCCUCCUCCGCCUGCCGCGGCAGCCUCACUCCCGCCUCUGAAUAACCUGGGCCAGCCCACGCCCAGUGUUGGACCUAACCACGCUGCCCAAUUGCCACAAACCACACAAGCCAACACUCACUCUAUCACGCAGAGCCUCUACCAAUGUGCCGAUUGCCAGAAGCGUUACUCGCGCCCCGAACACCUCGCGCGUCAUAUCCAAACACAUACAUUGGGUAAAAGAUUCUUCUGUCAGGUCUGUGGCAAAGCCUUCGCCCGCGCCGACCUGUUGAAGCGGCAUGCCGCCAACCACGAUAAUGAUAACGACCCAGCCAAGAAGCGCAGACGGACUGACGCCUCCCUCGCCGCCGGCCGUGUCUCCCACGCCUGCCGGCCCUGUGCCGCUGCCCGUGUGAAAUGUGAAGAGGUCAAGCCCUGCACGCGAUGUCGCAACCGCAACCUCUUCUGCGAAUCCGCCUCGUCUGAACCCGGCUCGACUGCUGCAAUGCACCUUCUCCAUUUGUCAGCACAAGCGCAUUCAAGCGCACCGGAUUCUGUACAAGGCCCCUACUCGAAUCACUCUCCCAGUGGCACUAUACACACUCUAGGAGACAGCCCAGCCAAUAUGUCUAACGCAGCCAUCAAACCCGAGGAGGGUCAGCUGCCCACGCCAGAUACCAUGGUAGAACAUGGCGGCCAGAUGGAAACGUUCGCCAGCCCAUACCCUCCCAAUGGCAUGGUGGCUAUGAACAUGGCGAGGAUGCCUUUUUCGGAUUUCUUACGUGAUGUGCUGUAUGAGCCGUCGAUGAGCACGGCGCGACCGGAGGAAUCACAGGGCCUUGCUGUUCUCGACUUUUGUGACAAUACAAAUUACGACCUAACAGAAAUUGACUUUGGCCUGCUAGACCAUUGGAAUUUGGAUGGUAAUGUCAAUUCUCAGGGCGUCACCCAGGCAGCCACGCCACAAACAGACGACUCAGCCAUUGACAUGAACCACAUGAGACAGAAGUUGGUCAAGAUAUGGACCGACUCACCUUGGCGCUGGAUCCCUGACCCAAGAGACUCGGGAUAUGGGGAACACGGCAACUUGCCGGUGCCAGUACGAGACACCGCAAGUCAGAAGUUCCAAGAGAGCCAGAAGAGGCUGGAUCGAGUUGUCCAGGAGAAACUUGACCUGUCGAGUAGGGACAGGAUAUUAAGUAUCAUGCUACAGAUGUGCCAGAGCGACACUAUAAGAACACGUGUGGCUUCUUCAUUCCCCUCUGUUGAUGUAAUGGAUACGAUGACUCACAUUUACUUGGCUUCUCAUUCUUGCUCCGUUAGUGGUUGGAUUCACUGGGCUUCCUUUACCCUGAAUACACAAUGGCCGGAGUGGCUGGCAACAGCGGCGGCGGGGGGAGCUGUUAUGACCCCAGUCCCUACAAUGAGAAGGUUUGGUUUUGCAAUGCAAGAAGCAGUUCGACUCGCCAUUCCUGCGAGAUUCGAGGAAAAUAAUACCGUCGUAGAAGACCUCGGGCUCGUGCAAACUCUUGUGAUGUGUCAAGACAUUGGUCUAUGGAGUGGCAAUAGGCGUAAAAUGGAGAUCGCCGAGUGCCAUUUGUUGAUACCCAUUACGAUGAUGCGGUACCGGGGAAAGUUUCAGCGCUCCUCAUAUCCGUUCAUAACCGUUGAGCCAACGGAUGAAGGCCAAAUUCUCGAGGACAAGUGGCGCAGGUGGUACCAAUUGGAGUCGUGGAAAAGACUCGUGUUUCAUUGCUACCUACGGGAUGCUCAAACCUCGAUGACAACACUAGCCCCCCCAACAAUGUCAUAUGCGGAACUUACACUGCCACUUCCAGAAUCUCGUGAGCUCUGGUUUGCCAAGAGCGCCGCGGGAUGGAAAAGACAGUGGUUAUCAAGGUCGCCCGGCGUGAGCAAACGGCCACCUGCUUUAGGGGAUCUGAUUCGUGAUGUGAACCUUCUCACGGCAAACCACCAGCGCCUCGAUGCGCAAUACUCCAUCUCGGUUUACCUGCACUGCUUCUGGAAUUUGAUUCUCGAAUGGCGACAGCUAAGCUCGGUCCACCGAUCAUAUUCAUUCCGGGGGGCAUACCAAACCGGCCCUAACCUAAUACUCAACUCGCGACAUCAGGAACUGAGCAGAUUACUACAGAGUUUUCAACUGGUAACUUCGGACUGGCAUUCAUCUCUGUCAGCACAGGAGGGUCUUCUCCUUAAUCUAUUACAAAUGAACCUACACGUGUCUCUGGACGAUCUCCAGUUGUUCGCUGGCACAGAGGGCGAAGAUCAAGCACGUAGGGUUUACCCCAUCCUCCAACAGUGGUCCGAAAGCGCAGAAGCGCGGCAAGCUGUCUGGCACGCGGGCCAGAUCUUGCGCCAAGCCAAGCUUUUCCCUCACGGGCAUCUGAAGGACUUCUACGCGGUAGCAGUGCACCACGCAGCGCUGGCUCUCUGGACCUACGGAGUAGUCAUCAAGGCUAGCCGGCACCAGUCAUCACCGACUGAGAAGCAAGAAAUUGUAUGCAUUGACGGACUCGACUCGAACCAGAUCCAACGGUUUGUGGGCUUUGGUCAGGGGCGUCCAAGCAUUCGCUCCAGAGACGAACAACGCGUGGAGCCGCUAGACGACCCGAGAUCGUGCAUGAAUCUCAUCCAGGACACCCUUCGGGCAAAUUUCAAUGGAGAGGACCUCCUACCUCCCAUCGUGGAGAACCUGCGGCAGUUGAUUAAACAACUGGGAGAAGCUGCGUGGGCCGUAGGCCUGAGUUAGUGGUGUAAAUUAUGAAUGAGAAACGGCCGGAUGUUCGCUGAGAAUAUAUGGCACGAUUAUGUAACAUGGCGGGAUUUGGAUAAUUGGAAAAACUGUAGGAUGGGAUGGCAUUUGCUGCGAUUUCAAUGGUAGUUAAUUCUGUCCAAUGCGAACGAAAUGGCUACCAGGUACGAAGUACGUAGUCGGUGAUUUGACAGUAGGGGACUGAAGUACUCCGUACCUAGUUAUUACAAAUGCUGAAUUUGGAGCGCCGAGCCCCAGCCACGUGGCGCUUGC